AUGUUGCCCAAGAAUCUGAUUCAGCUGAUGGCUGCCGGCCUCGUGGCCAGCGCCUCGGCUGCUGCCGUCAACUCUGAUGCUGCCCUACGGGAGUUGCAGCAGCGCGAAGCCAACCGACCGCACCUCCAUUGGCUGCGUGCCGCGUCCGUGUCCAACACCAGCUCUUCGGCCAACCCGACUAGUGUCGAGAGCUCUUCUAUCGAGAGUUCGUCUACGCCGGCCACCAGCUCAGCGUCAACUUCGUCGGAGCUGACUUCAUCUGCUUCGUCCGCAAGUUCUACGCCUAUCUCUAUAGUCGCCAGCUCUACACCGACCUCGUCUGUUGCUUCAUCUUCGGUUGCAUCCUCAUCAGCUGCGUCAUCCUCGGUCUCAUCAUCCUCGGCUGCUUCGUCAGUUUCCAGCUCAGUUGCUUCGUCGAGUGCCAGCAGUUCUGCAGCCGCCAGCAGCUCCGCCCCCGUUAGCUCAACUGCCAGCAGCUCUGCCCCCAUCAGCUCGGCUUCUGCUAGCAGCUUAGUUACUGCUAGCAGCUCUGCACCUACCAGCUCUUCUGUCGCCAGCAACUCGACUAGCUCGUCUCCUGUCAGCUCUACUGCUAGCAGCUCUGCACCUGCCAGCUCUUCUAUCGCUAGCAACUCUACCAGCUCGGCUCCAGCUAUCUCUUCUGCCAGCUCUUCUGCCCUGGCCGUCAGCUCUGUUGCAAGCAACUCGACCAGCUCUUCUCCUGCCAGCUCUACUGCGGCAAUCUCGGUUCCCUUGAGCACUGCGCCUACCAGCUCCGUAGCCUCUAGCUCUGCUGCCGCCAGCUCAUCGGUUCCGUUUACAAACUCAACCAGCUCAACUCCCGUUAGCAGCUCUGCUCCGGUCAGCAGCUCUUCUACCAAUUCAACCAGCUCUGCUCCUGCUAGCUCUGCCCCAGUUAGCUCUCCUGCUUCUGCUAGCAGCGCUCCUAGCAACAGCACCAGCUCAGCUCCGGCCAGCUCUUCUGCUCCGAUAAGCAGCUCUCCUAGCAACUCUACGAGCUCUGCCCCGGCUACCAGCUCGGCACUGGCUAGCUCUUCUGCCCCGACCAGCAGUUCUCCCAGCAAUUCGACUGCCCCGGCUUCUACCGCCACUUCGGCUUCGCCGACAUCAUCUGGCAGUAUCCUCCCGACGAUUCCCCCCCACAUUGGCCACUACAGCUACAUCGGCUGCUUCGGCCCGUCUCAGGCACACCCGUUCGUCCAGAAGCACAGCGAUUCUGCCAUGACCCUCGACCUCUGCGUCGCUACCUGCGAUGGAGUUCCCUUUGUCGGCAUCUUUACCAACGACUGCUACUGCUUCAACUCAAACCUGGGCAACACCCGCUUUACCGACAGCCACUGUCUGACACCUUGCCCUGGCAACGCCCACGAAGGCUGCGGUGGCAUUCGCCCUAGUCUGAAGCGUCGUGACAGCCUGCCGACCGAGGACGUCCUCGUCGUCUAUGCCUAUGACAACAGCACCUCGUCGUCUGCUUCUGCUUCGUCCACGGCCUCCAGCGCUGCUUACAGCGUGUCUGGUGCUGUCUCGUCUUCUGGUGCCGCUGCUUCGAGCGUCUCUGGUGCUGCUUCUUCGAGCGUUUCGGGUGCUGUCUCUUCUAGCGUUGCUUCUUCUGGUCUGUACACCAACAGCACCUCGUCUGCUGCUGCUGGCUCUACUGCCACCGUCUUGGCUACGGUCUCCACUACUGCUUCCCUCACCGGUGCCGUUUCUGGUACUGCCACCUCAGCUGGUGCUGCCACUGCCGCUGUCGCCACUACCACCACCAUCGAGACCACCACAGUCACGGUCACCACCUGUGUCGGUGGCACGUCUACUGUCAUCGGAGGCGAGACUACCACAGUUGGCGGCUCAUCUACUGUCAUUGGUGGUGUGACGACCACAGUUGGUGGUACAUCGACUGUCAUUGGUGGUGAGACAACCACGGUUGGCGGUACAUCUACUGUCAUUGGCGGUGCGACCACCACCGUUGGUGGCCUGAGCACCGUCAUCACGGCCACAGCCACUGUCGUCCCGUCGACGACUGUGAUCGAUAUCAGCAUCUACUUCAUCUUUGUCGAGUGCACCGCCACGCCGACUGUCGAUGAGGUUGUCUACGUCAUCGAGGAGUGCGGCUGCAAGGGUGGUGUUUCUUACGUCGUCGCCGAUGUCACCGUCGCUAUCGCCAAGGGUCUGACUAUCUACCGCGCUGUUGCCUGUGACAGCACCACCGUCUCGACUGGUGUCACCGUCUACUCCGCACAGUCCUGCGACAGUUGCACGGGUGGUUACGUCUUUGUCAGCGCCGAGGUCGGCGCUUCGGCCUCGGCUUCCUCGUCUGAGACUGUCAUCGUAUCCUACCUAAAGAGCGGUAGCGGCUCCAGCUCCGAGGCUGGCUCGGGCUCCAGCACUGAGCCCAACACUGACACUGCUGCGGGUUCCAGCUCUGGUUCUAGCUCUGGCAGCUCGGCUGCUGGUGCUGGCGCCAUCGCUGGCUCCGGCUCCGGCUACAACUCUACGUCUGGCUACAACGCCAGCGUUGUGUAUGCAUCUGGAUCCGGAACUGCCACCCCUGUCGCAGUCGUGUCGUCCACUUCGGCGACGGCGGCUGUCUCGGCUACCUUGGUCGUUACCGCUGGCGCUUCCGUUGUGGCUACCAACUCGGGCGUCUUCUUUGCGUCUCUUGCUGCCCUCUUCUUGCUGCUGUAA